CAUUUACUUAUUUGUCAGCCUCCGCGGCGGCCACAGCACCUGCACACCCGCCAGCAGCGACUUCGGCAUGUCCAGCAGCGCUCGGCUGCUCAUCUUUGUCUGCGCCGCCCUUGACCUUGUCACCAUCUCUUUUACAACAUUUGCUACAAAAGAUGAUUUGCUGCAAAAUUGCGGGACAACGUCAGUCUUUGCCAACCACCGGCAAGGACGACUGCGGGAGUCGGGAGUCAGCAGGGUUGUUGGGGGCAUUCCUAGUCCGGAGGGAUCAUCCCCUUGGAUGGUCUCUCUACAACUUUUGCACCCAGGUAUGGGCUAUGUUGGACAUAUCUGUGGAGGAGUUUUGAUUCACCAAAGUUGGGUAGUCACUGCGGCCCACUGUAUAAAAAAUGAAAAGUACGCCCUUCCGAUCUCCCAUCUGUGGAGCGUCCAGUUUGGCCCGGAGCUGCGGAGGUUUGCGAUCAAGGAGAUUGUUAUUCACGAGAAGUUCGCCGGCUACAAUCACGACAUUGCCUUGGUGCAAUUGUCAACCCCUGCCCCGUACGUGCCCGUGUGCCUCCCAAAGGGUGGCCAGGGCUACCUGGGCGUUCGAUGCGUGGCCAGUGGCUGGAGCGGCGUCCCGGCGCCCAACAUCCUCACUCGAAGAUCCGGCGCCCCUGGCCCCAGAGCUCAUGUGCACCUGACCGUCGUAUCCAGCAGUGUCUGCCGAAACCUCUACCUUUCCACAUACAACCUCACCCUGAACGCGGGCCACCUGUGCGCGUCAGGAAAGGGUGGAUUGACGUCAGGAACAUGUCUUGGUGAUUCUGGAGGACCCCUCCAGUGCAAUAUGGCCGACGGAAGGUGGUACUUAGCUGGAAUAACUGCUUUCGGGUCGGGCUGCGGCCGGCCUGGCUAUCCCGAUGUUUACACCCGACUUGCAUAUUACCUGCCCUGGAUCAACGCGCAGAUCAAGAAUUUCCCCACCGAGGAUAGAAGAAAAAAUGUCUUAUAACUUCAGCUGUAAAAUGCAACAUCUGCAUUAUUUGCAAAAAUGCAAGCGCGGGUGGCGUCUGUGGCCGUGAUGUCUCUGGCUUGCUUUAAAAUGUGAUGAAAUUCGCCGAAACCUGACCAUUCAUAUAGAUGUUUUAGAAAGCCAAUCACAAAACUAGAUAGGACAAAUUCAGAUUUGCUAAUUUUUAUGCGGAUUUUCAAUUUUGCACUCAUAAUUUCUAGUCACUUGUUAUAUGAUUACUUUAGUUUUUUACUUAUCUCUUAUAGAGAGUUUUUAUUAUU